GAAACUACAUUUAUUUUGAAAGCGAGAUAUGGAGCUCCUCAACGUGCCUUGUGAGCCGCAAAAAAGUUGUGACGUUUACAGGACAACAAACGGUCACAUUUUAGCUUUUAUAUUUUGAUUACAUCGUUGAUAAAGAUGCCGGGUUGAUACACAUAUUUGAAUCCUUCAAUGCACCUGAAAAUACCGGACAAUUAUAAUAAUGGCAUGAAAGCGCAAUGGCUGCAGUUGUUGCAUAUUCGUAGUUAUGCCUGAUCAAAGAAGAAGAAGAAGAAGAAAGGUCAACCUGUUCCUUAUACCCGUACGUCCCACUCGGGCGGGGUAAAGUCUCGCGCAGACGUUGGCGUCCUUCCGGGCAAUGUGGGAUUUAAAAACAAGCAUCACUCCCAGGAUGAGAAGCUCAACACUUUCCGGCAAUCUGAAGAAUGUGGUUUAGGAGCCGUCCACGCGCGCCAAUGAAGACAAUACGGGUGGCAGGCCUUCAGCACUAGUUUUGGCUCAAUGCAACUCCUCAGCUCACUUCAACAUAGUUCAUUGGCACCACGAUUUGGUACAAAGUCGCAGGAACAGUGUCAGUGAGUAACAGAGGAUUUGGUCCCCUAAAAAAAGCCACAAAAAAAACUUCUGAUUGGCGCAUUUGCGAAUGUGAGCUGAAGUGCCAGAAUGAGGCAGCCAUUUUCCAAUUACACAGGAGCAUACAACAAAAUAAAUAGUGUUAUUUCUGAGAUACGUACAAAUUUGUGAGUGUCAGAACUAUUGCACGUCUUUAUCGUUAUUGUGAUUGUAGAAAGACAAGAGUCAAACAGGUUUAAUGAGUUGUUAUUUAUGCAAUUGUAUCCGUAGAAUUUGCAGGGCAACACGUGUCACUUGUGCGACUCACAGGAUUUUCAUGUCUUUACCGUUACAAAAAGAAGCGUGUUUCAAUGAAUGCAUAUUUACCGGUAGGUUUUAGCUCGGCUCAUGUUUGUGAAUUACGAAAGAGUUGACCUCACAACUUUCAACUACCUAAAUGAUAAAAAAAACAACAACAAAAAAACUGUUGCCGUUGCUGAUCUUGCGCAGUGAUUGGUUGCACCCUUUUUAUGCGCGGAACCGGCUGGGCCGGGCGACGGCAAUCGACAGCGGAGCCGAGCCGGACUGAACUCUCGAGCGUUUGCGAUCUCUGGCAGGAGAUGCAAAUGAAAGUCGUUCGACAGUUUUGUUUUCCAACGAGAUUUAUGCAAAUGAGACGCUGCUUUGAAUCCGCUUUGACUGUCCGGCCGAUUAUUUGUUGCGACUUUUCUAUCGAAAUGUCAGGACAUUUAAAGAACCCGAACCCAACUUUUGCAAAUCGUUGACUCUCAAGUCAAUCUCAUGACAUAACAUGCACUCCCCUCUCUCUCGGUUUCCCUCUGGGCAAGCGACAAAGACAAAAAAGAUUUCAGGAUGCACAUCUCCUGAUCCCACAGGUGGAUCCGGCUCCUUGUUUUUCCAUUACACACAUGCUAACUCCCUUUCUGAGCUGGUGAGAGAGAGGAGAGGAGAGGAGAGGAGAGGAGAGGAGAGGAGGAGGAGGCACCACCAAUGCAUUUCUAUUGAGCUCUGCACUGUGGAGUUGACAGUGUGUGAGUGUGUUGCCAUCGAGAGGGAAACAAAAGUCACCGUUGUGUGUUUUGUCUCCGCAUCAGUCCGUCCCUGCCGCUCACCUUCAAAUGUCAUCUUUCCCUGAGACUUUGCCGGGCAUCUGUCGCAGUGGAACCUGUUGCUGUGGCGGGGGCUAAAACGAGAACGAGUUGCGCAAACGUCACCUGCGAGCACACCGAGCCAAAGUCAGCUGGCUGCGGCUCACCUGCGACACUAAUGACGGUGAUGACCUCACUGCUGUUCCGUGGUGCUGCGAUGAAGGACCUCUCCUCUUCCUCCUCUCCUCUCAACUCCCAGCUCCACUACCCUGCCUCCAAGACCUUGACGGGGCCCUUCUCCCCGUCCCCCGGCGCCGUCCCUUCGGCCCCCAAGCUGCAGCCUUUCUGCCUCCAGACGGGGCCGCACCUCAUCGCCAGCAUGCAGCUGCAGAAGCUCAACUCUCACUACCAGAACCUGGUGGGGUCCUCGGUGGGACACCUGACGCCCGGUGCCGUUCAAAGGGGAUUUAGGGCCGGAAACCAGAUCCCGGGGCCCCCCGGAGGGGGGACGGGUGCGGGUGUCGGGGCAGGGACGCAGAGCGCCGGCCCGAGCGGAGUCUCGGACUUUGACCUCGUAGACGAGGAGGUCCUCACGUCGCUGGUGGUGGAGCUCGGACUGGACCGAGCAAAUGACUUGCCUGAACUUUGGCUGGGCCAAAACGAGUUUGACUUCAUGUCAGAUGUGCCGGCUGGCUGCUAAGCGAGAACCCUACAAGAACAACGGCUGAGAACAUUAGCUUAAUUUUGACACCAUUCAGACCUCGGUGAAAAAGGACUGUGUCUUCUCAAUGUUUGUAAAAAAAAAAGUAGCUAGUGCUAAAGGAACAAACUAGAAUCCAAACCUCUGUCGUCAGUUUAGUGGAUCACGUUCUUACAGUUAUGUAGAAAAUGGUCACUGGGGUUGUUUUUGAGUAAUUUAGCUGUGCAUAAUCGUUAACCUGCUUAAGAGACUACAGCAUGCUAUCCAUUUCCUUCUCAAAAAAAUUUUACAUCUGUGCCAUUAACCCUAGCAACAGAAAAGUCAACUAAUUAGCUUGUCCUAGUCAUGCUAACGUCUCAAUUUCUACCACGUCUUAUCUUUUUUUCUUUUUUUAAAUAAACUUAAACGAUUUCCUUUCCAAACACUUCACGCAACAUCAUCCUCCCGACUGACACUUGGCACAAUCAACUUAGAAGGGCAAAAACCUCAUUCAAGCCAUUUUCUGGUUUCUCAAUGGCCCCGUCUACUUCUCAAAUCACAAGUAAGGUUUUGUUUACGAGUGGUGUCAUGGUGAAAUGUUCUGUACUCAAACUUGUGCCUUUUUCCUGAUCAAAAUCAUCUGUCCCACUGGAUGAGUGUGACUGUAAUAUUCGGAAGGAAAGGAACCAUGAAGGAGAUGAAACAAGGAGCCUUUGCUGUCUCCUGUUUCUUCCACGGUGGAGCCUUGAUGAGAACAAGCUGAUGGACGGAUGCACAAAGACACACCUGUUGCUCCUUUUCGCCGUCCGGGAACAUGAAAGUGGGACGCCGGACUUUAUGAUGAGCAACAGUACGCUUGCUCUUUUCUCAAUGGACAAUAUUCCACUGUGCUCUCACGAGGGGGGAAAAAAGCCUCCUCUUUCUCUCUCUCUCUCUCGCUGGCUCUCUCUGUGGCCUCACAAGGAAGUAAUUGUCUGACAAGUGCUUAUCUCUUGGCACUCCCCUUUCUUUUCAUUUUGGAAUCAAGCUGCAGCAGAACACUAAACAGUGGCUGAUGUCGGUCUGGGCUGGAAGGACAACGAGGGCCUGUGUCGGACCGCGUGAUGCGUCGUUCAUUGUUCUGUUGUCAUUAAGGUGACAAAGAGAUGCUAAUUAUCGUGGUUGCUUCCAUCUGUUUUUUUGUUUCGUUUUGCAUUGCUGCCUUCGUCCCAGCUGAGCCAGUGUUAUUUUUGCUUCACACGCGCCAACUAAAUCUUCAAAUUGUCCCUCUCAGAGGUCUACCUGCUGGAGAUUUUUUGGGGCGAAUUUCUGUCAAGUUUUUAUUUUAUCUCUAUUCCAAUGUGUACUUUUCAUGUCAAGAGGAUUUGGGUUUUGACAUGAAAAGCCAUAAACGAAGCGUGUACACUAUCAAUUAACACAGUAGCACCAUGCCUUUUGUUCUGCCACGUCUGCUAAUCAAUCACUUGUUUAGAUUCUUUGGACGUACAGUAUGUGCAAGCUUACUAGAACAGCUGAACUUUAUUUAGGGUUCAUCAGAGACACUUUAAAUGGUGGCAGGUGUGUACUGACGCCAACUUAGCAUGAGUUUGCAUGUGAUUGAUUUAAUUCUAAACACAGCCACUUCCAUUCUCAAAAAGAUUUAAUUUCUUUUUCAAAUGAGUUCUACAGUUAAACAUUAAUGGGGGGG